GGUGCCAGCUGUUGUUACUAUCGGAACAUAAACAUUGAAGGCGUUGGGGGCGAGUUAUCAAGUUAUCUCCUGUGGUGUUUACCGCUUGCUGGCUGCACUAGCCCCCACGGUGGUGCGUCUUGUGGUCAUAAGAUUAUGUGUGCCAAGGUGUAGAAGUUCAUGGAACAGAUGUGCUCAAAAUGAAUUCCCAAGAAUUACAAGGCAAAGGUUCACCCAUAGGAAACUUUGGAAAAACGGUCGGUGGUUCUCAGCAGUCAGACGGGAGCCAUCGUGGACGCAACAGAGGCAAGAAAGGAAAAGCCAAAGCCAGGUGGAUAGAGGAAAAUGCAUUGUUACAUGGAAAGGGAAGUGGUAAAGGAGGGAACAAAAUUGGAAAAAAGGGCACAAAAGGAUUGGGUGCACUUUCUGGUGGCAAGAAAGACUUAAGUGCGCUCUCUGGUGGUAAGAAAGGAUUAAGUGCACUCUCUGGUGGCAAAAAAAGAUUAGGUACACUCCCUGGUGGUAAGAAAGGAUUGGGUGCACUCACUGAUAUUAAGAAAGGCUUGGAAGCAAUCUCUGUUGUUAAGAAAGGAUUGGGUGCACACACUGGUGAUAAGAAAGGUCUGAGUGCACUCUCUGGUGGUAAGAAAGGAUUGAGUGCACUCUCUGGUGAUAAGAAAGGAUUGAGUGCACUUACUGGUGAUAAGAAAGAAUCGAGUGCAUUUUCUUGUCGUAAAAAAGGGUUGGGUGCACACACAGAUGGCAAGAAAAUUAAAAAGUCCUUCCAACUGGAAAUUAAGUCUCCUGAUUACCAUAAUAUCUCUGAUAAUAUUCCAUUAGAGGAAUAUUACACUUUUCAUGAAGAUGAUCAAACUGAAAAAAGUGACAAUACAGAAAAAGUAAAUGACUCUAGCAGUGUACAGAGAGCUUCAGAUAUUCCUUUAAAAGCAGGUAUGAACAAGACAUUCAUAAUGGAUUUUGUAGCUCAGAAUGGAGAGGAGAAAAAUAAGUUAUUAGAAGCAAUGUCCCGUCAGUUUAACUCUGCUAAUAUUCCUGAGGGAUCUGUACCUCCAGAUGUAAAAAGAAGUACUCGGGUUCCCCGACUCACGCGAAAGCGAAAGAGUGAAGUAUUAGAUAAUGUAGAUAAAACGCCUGAAGUCCCAGUUACACAACAAAUAUCAAACCCAUCUUUGCCUGUUCACACCAUUCACCCUAUUACUAGUGCUCUUAAAAAAGUGAGGAAAGAUAAUGUUGAGACUUUAGUGAAUUCCUCACCAAAUGUUACACCAACUGUUACUCCUAAUACAACGCCUAAUGCCACCCCAACAUCAGGACGAAAAAGGAGGAAGAUACAAGAGAAAAAGUUGGGUGAAAAGGAUCCUGGUGAAGAAACCACCAGUACUCCUGAAGCUCAAGAAAUAGAUCCCAAAACAGAGGAAUCAUCCAGUAAUGAAAAAGGGGUUCAUAGCUCAAGAGGCAAAAAAAGGGUUAGAGGAAGAGGCAAACCUUUGGUUGAAUUUGGAGAGGGAAAUGAUUCGGGAAAUGAAUCGCUUGGCACAUCUCCCAAAGGCCGAGGCAAAGCUCGUUCAAGUUCAGAAGAAGAUUCGCUGAGUCUUGCAGAAUUAAUUGCACCAUCAGCUCACAGCCGAGGUCGUGGAAAAGGUAAAAGCACUCCAGAGAGUGCAACAUCUACUCCUGUUGCCCGUGGACGAGGAAAAGGCAAAGGUUUAGUUAAAGAUGAUUCAAGCAGUGAUGGUAAAGGACGCGUGAAACAGAAACUUGAGGGAGAGAAAAUGGAUGAAUCAUUAACUACUACUCUAACUCCUGGCUCAGGUCGAGGUCGUGGAAAAGGUAAAGUGUCAAGUGAAGAGGGAGGUAACUUUGGUCCUGGUGGCUUUUCUCCCGGUAGCUCACCAUCUGGUUUUCUGGGAAAGAGAGGCAGAGGAAAAGUUGAGGUAGACAAGGAAGAAACUUUGGAAGUUGAAGCAGCUAAUCGACAGAGAAGAAGUAUGACUCCAGUAGCAGGGGAGACAACACAACAGUCUGAACCAAAACGAUCUCAACGACUUUCCUUGUCUCGAGAUGGUAGUCAUGAUGGCAAGAAAGGAAAACAGAAGACCAUUUCAGAAAUUCAGAAAAAGCAAGAAUAUAUGACAAUUAAAGGUUAUGCCAGCAAAGGGAAAAAGGAUGAUGAAUCACUUUUCACUAAGACAGGCAAGAAGAAGAAGAAACAUUUCAAAGGGCUGAGCUACUCAUUUAGUAGGAAGAGAAAGAAAGGAAAGGGAAAGGGAGGCUAUGGAAAAUCUGGCUUUGAUAAUUCUCAAGAGACAGACUCUGUAGUCUCUGAGGAAAUUGAUGCAGAGUCUAUAGACUCUUCAUCACAGGAUGUCCCUUCAGAGCAGCUUUCUUACCAAGACCAUAACGGAAUGGAUGAUGGUCUUUCAGAAGCUCCGGAAAAUGAUGACAUUGAAAUGGACAAUGUGGAGACUCUUGAUGGUGAAGGUGAAGAGGAACAGAUGGAAGAAUUAAAACUGGAAGAAAUCUUGGUAAAUCCAGUUCAAGAUAAAGUAAUUAUGGAUAUAGUUGAAUCAGUAGACAGUGUUCCUGCAAAUAAAGAGUUAAGUAACACACACACCUUAAAAGAACAAACCACUGAAGCUGCUGUAGAGAAAAGUAAAGUUAGCGUUUGGGACAGUGAGCAUCACGGGAGUACUAUUAAUGAUUCUGAAAGAUAUGAAGCAGCAACUGAUACACAAAAAGGCACAAGUGAUAUUGGAGAUGAGAAGACAACCGUACAAUUUGCUGUAAUUGAAAAACCAGCGGUACCUGCAAUUUGUCUGGGAUUCACCGAGCAGAAAAGUGACACUGAAGAAGAUAUUGAAUCUAAAAAUUCCAUUAAUAAUGUUGCAUCUGAGGAAACAAUUACCACAUCCAAUGAAAAUAAUUCUUUUGAAAAAGAUUGUAAUGCAGAGUUACUUAAAAAGGAUCGUAUUACAGAGUUAACUGAGAAAGAUCACAUUGCACAGACAAUUGAAAAAGAUCAUAGCAUACAGUUAGCUGAAAAGGAAUGUAAUGCAGAGUUAAUUGGAAAGGAUUGUUUUGCAGAAUUAACUGAUAAAGAUGAUAAUGCAGAGUUAGUUGAAAAAGAUCGUGAGGCAGAGUUAGCUGAAAAGGAUUGUGAUACAGAGUUAGUUGAAAAAGAUUGUGAUGCAGAGUUAGCUGAAAAAGAUUGUGAUACAGAGUUAGUUGAAAAAGAUCGUGAUGCAGAGUUAGCUGAAAAAGAUCGUGAUGCAGAGUUAGUUGAAAAAGAUCGUGAUACAGAGUUAACCAAAAAAGACUGUUAUGCAAAACUAACUAAGAAGGAUCUUAAGGCAGAGUUAACUGAAAAAGAUUGUAUUGCGGAGGUAACUGAAAAGGCUAUUAAAGCAGAGUUAAUUCAAGAUGCAUCAGCAAGUGAAGAUCUAGAAUCAUGCGAUGCAGUAGAUACAGUACAAAUUCAAGGUGAAAUUGUAAAUGUAAAUGAGACUAUAGAAGAUUUAAAAUCUGUCAGUUCUAGUAAAACUAAACUAAUUGAAGAAAUCACAACGGCAAAAAUUCAAGAUAAACCAGCCGAGGAAAUCCACGUAUGCACUUCUCAGUUUCCAUCUAAUGUGCUUGGCAGUACUGAUGGAUCUGUCUUGGAUCAUUCAGCCACCCCUGGAGCUGAGGAUAUGCUUCCUGAAGAAGGGGCUACUUUAGCAGUUGAAGAAAAGAUAAAUGAAAAUCCUUCUGUGCAGCAAUCUCUUGACUCCCAAUUGGCAUCAGUGGAAAAUGCAGAUGUACCAUGUGAUGAAAUAGAAAGUGCCACAAUUCCACCCAGUUAUGAUGUAAAAUCAAAUACGGGAGUUAAUUCAUCUCAAGAGGACACAUGCAAAACUAAUCUCAUAAGUCUUGACAACAGAGAACCCCUUCCCUCAAAUGAUCAGAGCCUUCGACACUUAGGAAAAAGGCGUCAUAGUGUUACCAAGCGAAGAUUGGAUGACCUUGGGGUGGAGGGCCAUAAUUCAGACUCUAGUGAUUCACUGAGUGAAGCCCGACCAGUAGGAGAAGCUGUGAGGAAGAGCAAGAGGUUAAGUCGUAAUAGCUCGCCACAUCCUCUUGCAAUUGUAGUUCCACGAUCUCCUGAGGCGGCUGGGACGGGUCAAAACCAGCCUAAACCCAUCGGUACACAGUCUGCCCUCGUUACCCCGGUAUCACCGGAAGAGCGCCAGCGCUUUAUCCUGUCUCCACCACUCACCUUGACCCACAGCUGUCACCAGCAGGGAAUUGUGCAUUCUGCUACACCAAGCCUGACCAAUGUGCUAUGUAGGUGUCGCGUUAGAGAGGAUCCCACCGCUGUAGGGAUCACAGGGGAUGUGUACUGCCAGGCUGUUGACUCGUUUGAUGGACGUAUGAUUGGCUGCUGCAAUAUUGUUACAAGUCACAAAUACCUGCGUGUGAGUGGAAAAAUUCCCUUUAUGCUGCUGUGUGAAGUUCACCGACACCGCUUGAGACGACACAACUGCUGCCCUUGUUGUGGGCUCUUCUGCACUCAGGGCGUCUUCUAUGAAUGCUCCUGGGACAAAUCUGGCCUGCGUCACUACUACCACAAGUUGUGUGGUCUGAUGUUAGCCGGGGCGACUCUCUGCCCGCAUUGUGGUGCUGAAGAACCUCCCAAGGAGGUACAAUUGGAACUGAAAUUAAAUAGAAAACCUGUCGUCUACCUAAAGCAACAUCAGGAGAGGAAGGAAGCAUCAGCCCGCAUGACCUGGUCAAAGAAGAUCAUUCCUGAGACAGUAGCAAUAACAGAAUCUUUGCCAGAGAAUGAGCCAUCAAUUGAACUUCGGAAUGGACGUGUCAUCUCUGCUCACAAAUUACCACUGGAGCUUGGGCGAGAAAAGCUUCAAGAUGCCAUCAGGUCCAUCAUUGAUGGUAAAAGUGUUGCUGCCAAGCCUUCACCCAAAGGAGUGUAUUGGUCAUGCAAACAAAAUGACUUGGAAAAGUUAUUGCAUGUUUUGGUGCAUGGUGUCAGCCCUAAUGUUAAGGUGAAGGAAUAUGGAAACCAAACCGGGAUGCAUGUUGCAGCAGCUUACGGAAGUCUUGCUGCCAUGCACGUGUUGACCCUUGCGGGCGCUACUAUAGACAUGACCGACACUCAGCUUAUGACUCCGCUGAUGGUUGCCAUCACUAAAGAACAGAAUAGUAUAGUGCACUAUCUAAUACAAGCUGGAGCAUCACUAAUGGCCAAGACUCAAGAUGGGAUGACAUGCCUUCAUUUGGCAGCAAAAUGCGGAAAUUUAAUUGGUUGUCAGCACAUCUUGGACUCGGGAAGACUGACAAGACAUGCUGUCAAUAUGCAGGAUGAGGGGGGCUGGACGCCUCUUGUGUGGGCCUCGGAAAAUAAGUUUACUAGUGUUGUCAAAUUUUUGCUUGACCGUGGUGGAAAUCCACAGCUGUGUGACGUAGAGCAGAACACAGCGCUGCACUGGGCAGCCUUUUCUGGGUCCACCCAUAUCUGUUCUAUGGUUUUGGAUCGAGGUUGUUCACUUCGUUCUAUGAAUGCGCACGGAGAUACACCAUUGCACAUUGCUGCCAGACAAAACCACAUUGAUGCAGUGGUUCUCCUCCUGUCCCGAGGUGCUCGACUAGAUGUUUUGAACACUAAAGGCCAGACGCCCAUAGAUUGUGCCCUGCCAGAGUCUGACGUAUACUUGCAACUAACUUUAAAUAGUAAACUGAUUGAAAUGAUGAACCAAAAUAACAUACGCACUGAGAAGAUCUUGAGCAGUGACAUUGCUGCUGGGAAGGAGGAGGUGCCAAUUCCUUGUGUCAAUGGAGUAGAUGAUGAUGAACUGCCUAAAGAUUACUUGUACAUUGCUGAGAACUGUGAGGCAUCCAAUGUUAUCAUUGACCGCACAAUUACAUCAAUGAAGUGGUGUGAGUGUGAGGAUGGUUGUAAUGCAGACCACUGUGGCUGUGGUCAACUGAACUUCCAGUGCUGGUAUGAUCCUGAUGGCCGCCUUUUGCCAGAGUUCAACUAUGCAGAUCCGCCAAUGAUAUUUGAGUGUAACCGAGCUUGCCGCUGCAACAAGUUGUCGUGCAAUAACCGGGUUGUGCAGCAUGGUAUAUCUGCCCACAUGCAGUUGUUCAAAACAUCUGAGAAAGGCUGGGGUGUGCGUGCUCUCAAGACCAUUCAAAAGGGGUCUUAUGUGUGUGAAUAUGUAGGAGAGAUCAUCACUGAUCUAGAGGCUGACCAGAGACAAGAUGACUCGUAUUUAUUUGAUCUUGAUAAUAAGGAUAGUGAAACUUUCUGCAUUGAUGCCCGAGGAUAUGGCAAUAUUGCUCGUUUCAUCAAUCAUCUCUGUGAAGCAAAUCUUACACCAGUGAAAGUCUUUAUUGACCAUCAAGAUCUAACCUUCCCAAGAAUAGCAUUCUUUGCUAAUCGUGAUAUUGAAGCCGAUGAAGAACUUGGGUUUGACUAUGGAGAGAAAUUCUGGAUUAUCAAAUACAAGCAUUUCACCUGUACGUGUACGUCUGAGAAGUGUAAAUAUUCGUGCACAACCAUUCACACUACCCUUGAAAAUUACAACAAAAGAAUAAGAGAAAUGCAUGAAAUGAUAAGCAUCAUGGAGAACGAGCAGUAUUGUACUCCGGCAAAUGAUGUGCAGCAGUCUCUCCACUCCAUAGACUAGAUGUACAGUGCUCCUUGUGAGUAGUCAUGGACAAAUAUUUAAAAUAUUCACUCCUUUUAUUGUGUAAUGUUCACUCACAUGGUCUCUUUGUCUCUCGGUAUAUCUGUCUCUCUCUCUCUCUCACACUUCCACGCAAACACACACUGAUUAGGAAGCAACUCUUCAAUUUUAUGGAGAACAAUGAACUUCGCAGUCUAAGUCAACAUGGAUUUAGAGCAGGAAGAUCCUGCCUUUUGCAAUUACUCAAUCACCAUGACAAAAUCAUGGAAACAUUGUAAGAGAAACAAAAUGCAGAUGUUGUAUACACAGACUUUGCCAAAGCAUUUUUAAAUGUCACUAUGGAGGGAUAGACCAUAAAAUGAGAUCAGUAGGAAUAACAAAAAAAGGAGAUGGAUAUUCAAUGUCUUGUCAAACAGAAUGCAACAAAUAAUCAAAUAAAAUCAAGACUAAAUACAGUGAAAAGGUGUGUACCCCAGGACACAGUUCUUGCACCCCUUCCUUUUCUCAUUCUUAUGGCCCUUCAAUCAUUCACAUUUGGCAACAUCUUCCCUCUUGUCAUUCCUACCUUGCCCCCAUGAAGAGUUCCAUUUGUGAAAUUUUGUAAGAUCUUGGCUGAUAUGGUGAAAGCUUGUACUUCUACUUUUUGAAAACUCUUUUCCUUCAUCAUUUUUCUACACACACACACUAUUGCACAGUUCACAGAUUAGUGUAAGUCUGUGUAUAGUAUUGGCUACUCCAUUGUUUUUCCAAUCAAACCUGCGUGUGCCACCUGCCCCCCAGAGCCUAGCAUCUUCAUGGUGAAACUUAUGCAAUUUUGUAUAAUCUUUGUCGGCUACUAUUUCUGCAUCAAUGUUCCUGUGUCAUUGUGAUUGACUCUCACAAUGCUCUCAUGCUCUGGAGUCUUAACCCUUUGCAUCCUGUUGUGGUUCAAAUCUAAUACUGGCUGUUACUUAUCUAUGACAGGUAUAAGACAGUCAAAUUUUGCUGUGUUCCCAGCCAUAUUAGAGUUAACUCAAAUGAACUUAUGGACACCACAUGCUAAGCAGCCCAUUCAUGCUUCCAACAUUUUCCAGAAAGGGAUUCCUUAUACAAAUUUCUAUCCAGUUAUUCAUUCUUUAGUACAUGACCAUUGGCAGGGUAAUUUGGCUGGCACUACAGAUAACAAACUGUGUGCUCCUAAAAGUGACCUUUUCCCUUAUCCUUCCUCCUACCACCAUAAUAGAUGAUGGGAAAGAGCCUUGGCUAGGUUGUGUAUUGGUCACACCUGUUUAACUCAUGGACACUUAACCCUCUGCACUGUACAAACUGCCAUAAAUCUGUUGACAGGUGGUGAGCUGACCACCAUACAGCAUUUGUUGGUACAAUAUAUCCUAAGACUUAAAACUGGUCUGCAGUAACCUGGGUAGCAAAUGGAGGCCUUAGGUCUCCAGUGAGCAUCUGCCAUCUUAAAAAAAAAUCCUAGCAUGCCCCACUGGUGCAAGUAGGCUCAAUUUCAAGUGAACUACCAUGACUGAUGAAUGUGCUAACAGCUCCCAGUCACCAAUGGCUCACAUGAUUGAAAAAUCACUGAGCAUGAAAUGCAUGACAUUGUCAUGAUGAUGUUGACCACCCAAAACCCAAUAAAGACCUAACACAGGGAUUGGAUACAAGUGAUACAAACAUUGUUGAGGAUGAUACAGUAAACGUGUACAGUAUGCCGAUCUUUCCACCCCUGCUGCGCCAUCCCAGGUCAACACCACUCCCACAAUGUUUAUUAUUAUGUGCCAUCUGUCAUUCCUGAAUGCUCUGAUAAUGUGGUAGAUGACUUUUUUUAUUUUUGCCUGGGUUCAGUGACAUUGGUUCUGAUACUAGUAGUGUAGAUGAACCUAGUGCUAGUGGCUCUCAUGGUGGUGUUACUAGGCACAGGGUUGCUGUGUCAGCAGUUCACUCUGCAAAGUGCUGGCAUGUGUCCAGUCAUGGGGGAGAGUGUGGCACCCACUUCAACUGCUGUCUAUGGUGGGCUAUACAACAUAGAAGAGCUUCAUCUUCUAGGGAAUGGAGUUUUAUUUAAGAAGAUGCUGGACGUGGUGUUUGUGCCACCACAAGCAGCACAGUACUCCUCGUGUGGGAAGAUUGUGAGAGCUUUAUACCACAGAUACCUACAACUGAUGAUGUGGAUAUUGGUUCUACUGACAUUUUCCUGUAUACUGGCAAUAAUGUGAGUGAAAGUGAAUAUUUGAUGGCAUAUUUUGAAAAACUGUUCAUUAAGCAUCUUGUUGAAGAACCUAACCAAUCCCAGUUUAGCUCAUUGCAUCUGGCUUCUUACCAGCUUAUCAUUUGAUCUGUUGGGGAGAAACGACCAACAGAUUGUGAAAGUCAACUGUAGGUGAAAUGUGUGCUUUUCUUGUGCUGUGUAUGAUGAAAUAUUCUGUGAAAUACGUCAUCCAAGAUUAUUUGAACAAUGAGUGUGUUGUUCUAACCCCAGUUUAUAGGAAGUGCAUGUCUCACAACAGGUUCUUGCUACUUCUAAGGUGCCUACACUUUGAAAGCAAGAUAAUGUGAUUCUUCACUUUCCACAGUAUCAUUUUGAAAGUGUUCAAUGAAGGGAGAGAAAGGUUCUGUGAUUUCUUUGUACUGAGGCAGAAUGUUGUGAUUGACGAAUCUCUAGUUUUUUCUAGGAAUGCUUUCAAGCAAUAUAUCCCAUUAAAAUGGCACAGGUUUGGAAUGAAGUUCUCUGUGAUCUGCAUUUGUGAAGCUGCAAUAGUGAUAGAUAUGACACAUUCUGGUACUGAUGUAGACAUACUCAGUCACGAUUCUCGCAGGUUUUCUUGCAGUGUGUGGUAAAGAUGCUUAUGGAACCACUGAUGAGCAAAGGGGCAUGUUCUGUUCUCAGACAAUUAUUAUACCAGCCCCCUUGCUAUGUUCUUAUUUGAAUAUAAGACUGGAGUCUGUAGCACAGUAAAGCCACAUAUGAGAGAAAUGCCAAGUGUUUGGUACUGGUAUUUCAGUGGGUGAUGUCAGCUCAGAAAAAGCAACAAAAUUUGGAAGAAAAUUUCCAAGGCAAAGCAAUUUGCUUUGAAAGACACGUCAGUGAAUAUGGUGACAACAAUUCACACUGGUAAAAUGAUAGACAGUACCAAAUGGAACUUUGAAACACUAGGAAAAUUGUAUAAACCAAAUUGUAUCAUGGACUACAAUGUAAAUGUGAAAUUGGUCGAUAAAUGUGACUUGAUGGUGGAUCUGUUGAGUGUGUGUGCAAAACUCUGAAGUGGACCAAGAAAUAGUUUUUUCACCUUGAGGACGAAACGGUGCCGAACAGUUUCAACAUGUAUUUGGUGAAAAGGCAAAAACCCACCAAUCCAUACUUUUAGUGUUGCACUGUUGUCACAAUUACUUGGGAAGUUUGGCCAGGAAGGUAGUGUUGUGACAACAAUGCCACAUUCCCAACACUGCUCCCAAUAGAAAGACUACCUUGCAGUACACAAGCUUGGUUACAUACUAGGUAUGAAAUUAUGUGCUAAAGGUAAAUGUGAGUGUGUUAUUUGCAAGCACAAUGAAGAAAGAAGCAAAAAUCUGUGUGUACCCGGUGCGUAGAGUGCAAAGUUGCCUUGUACACCGUCGACUGCUUCAGUGAUUAGCACACACUCAUGAAGUACUGAUUGUGUUUUAUUCAUUAUAGUGUGUGACAGUGUAAAAUAUGUAUAUUAUUGAGAAUUGAACAAGUAAUAUUGUGACAGCAAGUAAUACUGCAGCCAAAGUAAGUUUUUUUUUUUUGAGGUUUCUGUGACCAGGGAAGGUAUUUUAACAAAGUAUAAAAAAAAUGGGGGGGAGGAUAAUUUUUUUUUACUCGCACAAUGAGGUUAUCAUAUUAAACUAACGCGUAGUACUUGGGUAAUGGAACAAUGUCCUGCUCCUCUUUGUCUGAACUGCAUUGUCCCAUUUACAGUCAUGCACUUCCUUGUUGAAUGUCCUGAUUUUCCGAAUAAUCAUUCAUUUUGUGCUUUCCUCGUGUCCCUCCAGGUCACUUGUCCCUCGAUAGAAUCCUUGGUGAAUCCAUUACCUUCGGUGUCGCACACCUUAUGUUCUUUUCUCCUUAUAUUCGCACGCUGAAUGAUAUUUAGUUCCUUUUGAAUAUUCCAUGACACAGUGCUAUGUAGUUUUCCCUGGCUUGGCUCCUUUUGAUAAUUACUUGCUCAUUCUUAAAUCAGGUAUUGAUAAAAAAAAAGUACAAAUCACAGUUUUGUAUCAUCUUUUGCAGACGAUACAAAAAUCAGUAUAAAAAUUACUUCUGUCAAAGACAUUGACUGGGAAAGAGCAGAGGUGUCAUAAGUACAAUCAGCAAACACUAUGAACAUGAGAGGUCAACUGCUCUUCAAUAUCCUCCCUGCAAACAAGAAAUAUUGGCAGUAAUUAUCUAAGUAAUUACGUAAGUGUAGUUGCAGGAUGAGAGUUACGCUCGUGGUGUCCCGUCUUUCCAGUACUCUGUCAUAUAAUGACUACUGAUUUGGCCUCCACCACCACCUCACUUAACUUAUUCCAACCAUCUACCAUUCUGUUUGCAAAAGUGAAUUGUGUUAUAUUUCUUCGGCAAAAUUAGACACAUUCGUGCAAGAAAUACCAGACCAACUGGGUUGUUGUGGAUAUGUGGGCUGCUCCAAGCAACAGCCUGACCAAAUUAUUACCAGUGAAGCCUGACCCUAGGUUGGGAUUGGGGAGAACAGCAGCAGCUAGAACCCACUCCAUGUAUACAGACCCCCCAUCCACUACCUACCUUAAUAAUAAUUGCUGGAUUUAGUCCCAUAAACAUACCCACUGCAGUUUUGCCAGUUACCUUUCUCCUCAACACAGUACUGUGUUUACCUCUUUCAUGGCCUUAUUUUCUAGUAUUCUUUUUAGUUUUUAUGGACUUAUUUUUCUAGUAUUUUAUUUAGUACUACACACACCAGCCUCCCAUGUUAUAAAAACAUUAUUGGCAGCAUUUCAUUGUUUUAUUCUGCAGAAUUAUUAUUUUGUGUGAUGCUUUACUCAUCAGGCGCUCUCCUUCCUCCUGGACUUAGAAAUCGCAAAGUAAUUAUUCAGUCUUUAUGAAAAAUAGAUACUGUAACUCAAAAUAAUUUUUAAUAAUGUAAAGUUCCUUACAUACUGUAUCUCAUUGUUGAAUAAUUGUGAUUAUUGAUAUAUUAAGUUCAGUGAUCUUCAGCAAGUGCCUUAGAUUUUAAUUAUCUUUAAAUUUACUUAAUAAUUAAUAUAUGUACAAUACUUAGUAAUUACUGAAUACAAUAUUUUGAGGUUUUUCAGGCACCAGUGUCAAAUGUAAUGUACAGUGUUCCAUUUUUUUUUCUCUACAGAUUUACAUAUACCUGUACAGUACCUCAACUAAAGGAGGAUAUGGAAAUUGUGCAUUUUAAUCUUCCGAACUUUUAGUGAUGAUUUAUGGACUUCAGAAAUUGCUAUUAUGAUAAGAAUUUUAUGUUUUAUAAUGGUAUCAUUAUCAUAGAGCAUUGCCAAUGGUGAAAGUUAUUUCUUUAGACUACUGUACUAUGUAAGGUGUCGACGCUGUGAAAGCCUUUAAAUAUGGUAUAUUGUAACAAUGAAAAUAAGUAAAAGGUUUUGUGUUUUUUAUUAAUUAAAAUGCAGUACAGGUUCAAGAAGGUUACAUGUACAGUACUGUAUAUAUGAAAAUAUAGUUCAUGUCCAAUGGCUCGGAGGUUCACUAAAAUUUUUCUACAGACAUUUUCUGGAAUCUAACCGUUCCCUAAAUAACAAUAUUAUCAAACUUUGUUUUAUUGCAAUAUCAAUGAGUAAAACUAAACAUGAAUACACUGGGAGAUUAAUUUAGAUGUAAUUUAGUGGGCGCUGGAGACUGUUGGGAAGAUGAUGUGUAGCUUAACACUCAUAAGCACUGAAAGAAUGCCGAUAUGCUCUAUUUAAAAGGAAACUUUUUGUCUCCAAAUAUACAUCUAAUACUGUAUACAGAAACCUCCGAUACUAAAAAAUGCACCGAAUGUUUCUUUAAUUUGUUAAAACUAUCUAAAUACUAAUACAGUAAACAUUUAAGGCAUACCGUAUAUAUGUCUAUAAGGGUUAUGCAUUUUUUUCUCCCCAUUUUCCUAAUACAUACACAGUACCUGAAACUAUGCCUUUAUCUUACCUGUAGUGCAUAUUUUACAAACUGUCAUAUGCAGAUCUCAAAUGUAUUAGACAAAUAUAGCAUACAUCACUAUGCUCA